UAUACCAUCGCGUGCAUAUCCUUAAUAUAUGGGUGGAUGUCUGAUUGGGUAUUUUGUAGUUUUGGGGUUGUUGACUUCAUACCUUAGUACCAAAUUCCGAUGGCCAGCCAAACAGAGAAGAAGCCAGAAUCUGUCUGUGACUUCACUCUAAAGGACGCGAAGGGAAAUGAUGUAGAUUUUAGUACUUACAAAGGAAAGGUCUUACUUAUCGUGAAUGUUGCGUCCAAAUGUGGGUUGACUAACUCAAACUAUACGGAACUCAACCAAAUAUAUGAGAAGUACAAAGAUCAAGGCCUGGAAAUAUUGGCAUUUCCUUGCAAUCAAUUUGGUGCGCAAGAACCAGGGAGCAAUGAUGAGAUCGUAGAUUUUGCUUGUACUCGUUUCAAGUCAGAAUUCCCUAUCUUUGACAAGAUUGAAGUGAAUGGUGAAAACGAAUCUCCUCUAUAUAAGUUCUUGAAAGCAGGCAAGUGGGGAAUACUUGGGGGUGAUAUUCAGUGGAAUUUUGCUAAGUUCCUGGUUGAUAAGAAUGGGCAGUCUGCUCAUCGCUAUUAUCCUACCACAUCUCCUCUGACAAUUGAGAGGGAUGUAAAAGUGUUGCUGGGAAUCGCAUAGUUGCCACGGUUGAGCCUUCAACGAUGUGGAUCGAUAUUGGACUUAUUAAUGCUGGCUUGGUUUUAUUUUAGGACUUUGUCUCUUAUUUUCAUUUGGUUAUCUGGAGUGAGGAACAUCAUGGAAGAGACCCUCUUAUCACAUAGAAGGUCAAUAAUGAAACAUUGCGGAACGAAAAUUGUUUGCUCUUUUGGAGAAAUCUUAAGCUGAUUUAUUGUUUAUCAA